GAGCCACUUACAUUAGUAAAACGACACAGAACGAACUUAUUUGUAUUAUAGGAAAUUUGAUACUAAAAAAUGUGUUGGAAAGAGUAAAACAAUCAAAAUUUUAUAGUGUUAUUUUUGAUGAAACCACCGAUGUAUCAAAUAUUUCCCAGUUAGUCACUGUUAUUCGAUAUGUCCAUAAAAAUGAAGUGUAUGAAGAUUUUAUCGGAUUCUUAGACUGUCAUAAAGACAAUUAUAAAAAUACUGGAGGGGAAGUAGAACCUAAAAUGACUGGUGAAAUUAUAGGAAAUUCAGUUUUGAGCAUUUUAAAAAAACUUGAUUUACCAUUUGAAAAUUGCGUCGGAAUUACAACAGAUGGAUGUAGUGUUAUGCUAUCCGAAAAAUGUGGAGCAGUUAAAACACUUAAAGAAAAAAUGAAAAAUGCAAUCAAAUGCACUUGUUUUAGUCAUGCCUUAAAUUUGUCUAUUAUGAAAGGGUGCAAAAUUAAAUUUGUAAGAAAUGCUUUCGGAAUAAUGAAAGAAAUAAUUAAUUUUUUUAAUUCAUCAGCAAAAAAAAACUAUAUUUUGAAAAAUACUUUAAAAUCAUCAUUACAUUCAUUAUGUGAGACAAGAUGGGUGGAAAAACAUGACUGUAUUUUACAAUUUUUCACUGGCCUAAGUUCCAUAAUCGAGGCAUUAGACAAAAUAUCAGAUUGGGAUGAUAUAAAUACCGCAAAAAUUUUUACUUUAACAUCUCCAGUAAGUAAAUUAUUGCAGUCCAAAAGCCAGGACAAAUUUUCAGCUACUACUAUAAUUAAAAAUGUAAUUUCUAUUUUGAAAAAAAAACGAGAAAAUAGUUCCAACUGUUUUAACAAAAUAUUUAAAACCGCUGAAAAUCAGAUGGCCAACUUGGGGAUUUCAAUCGGAAUUAACAAGCCAAGAUUAUCUGAAGUAAUGAAAAACAGAGAAAAUCCUCAAACUCAAUCUGUUGAAGAAUAUUUUAGAAUAACUCUUUUUAUUCCCUUUCUCGAUAAUUUACUAUAUGAUUUAGAAUCUAGAUUCGAUGAAGAUUUAAUGUCAGUUUUUGAUCUAGACGUAGUGUUGCCCAACAUAGUUAAAACAAAAUCCAUUUUUGAUGACAAAUUUAAAUUAGAAAAUAAAAUAAAAAACGUGAUUAAUCAAUUUGGUGACUUAGUAGCUCAUGAAAUAAAUAUACCUAGAGAUAUUUUUGAAUCUUCAAUAAUUGGUGAAUUUGAACUUUGGCACAAUUAUUGGUUGCAAGAGGAACAAUUACCUUCGUCACCUUUAGAAGCUAUCAAACAAUGUGACCCGGACCUUUUUUCUGGAAUAAAUGUAUUGUUAAAAAUACUUAUCACGUUACCGGCUACAGGUGCAACAGCUGAACGUAAUUUUUCAUCACUACGACGAGUCAAAACAUGGAUGAGGUCGAGAAUAUCAGAGGAACGAUUAAAUGGACUGGCAUUAUUACACGCUCAUCGAGAUGUCAUUAUAAACCACGAUGAAGUUAUAGAUAUAUUUGCUCAAUCUAACAGAAGAUUGGACUUUGUAAUUUGAUUCAUAAUUAAAAUGUUUUAACUUCAAAAUUGUUAUAUUAUAUUUUAUUAUGAAUUUUAAAAGGUAUUUUAAAAGAAAAAGAUAGAUUUAAAAAUGUAAUUUAAAUAAUUAAAUAAAGAAAUAAAGAAAUUU